AAAGCUGGGUGAAGGAAUGAAUAAAAAGAGUAGAGAAUAUCAAAGGCUGCAGAUAGCAUGCCCCAUUCCAUCAAGACUUUGAGACGGUUGCAGUUUUCUACAAGUUAGUAUACAGUACAAUGGCGGCACAGUGUGUGUCAAAGGUAGAGCUGUCCAUCUCAUGUGAAAACCUGUUGGAUAAGGAUAUUUUGUCUAAAUCAGAUCCUUUGUGCGCACUCUAUAUAAAUGCUGGUGGAACACAAUGGGUUGAGGUUGAUCGCACAGAGAAACUUCAGAAUUGCCUCAACCCAAAGUUUAACAAAAGAUUCUGCAUUGAUUACUACUUUGAAGUGGUACAAAAGCUGAAGUUUGCCAUUUAUGAUAUUGAUAACCAAACGUAUGAUCUGAGUGAUGAUGAUUUUCUUGGAGAAUUUGAGUGCACCCUUGGCCAAAUUGUAUCCAGUAAGAAAGUGACCAGGCCACUGGUGCUUAGGGACAGAAGGCCAGCAGGGAGAGGAACAAUAACGAUUGAAGCUGAAGAACUUAAGGACAACCGAGUAGUCUUCUUUGAAGUAGAGGCAAGAAAACUUGAUAAAAAGGACCUCUUUGGCAAGUCUGACCCUUUCUUGGAGUUUUAUAGACAGUCAUCUGAUGGCAAGUGGCAACUUGCUCACAGAACAGAGGUCAUCAAAAACAAUCUUAAUCCUGUCUGGAGACCCUUUAAAAUAUCUCUUCAAGCUUUGUGCGGUGGAGAUUUAUUGAAGCCAGUUAAGGUGGAAUGUUACGACUACAACAAUAGUGGAUCACAUGAACUCAUCGGAAUUUUUCAAACUAAUGUGGAAAGAAUGUCUCAGGCAAAACGAGGGUCCCCUGUGGAAUUUGAAUGCAUCAAUGAAAAAAAGAAAAAGAAAAAAAGUUACAAAAAUUCAGGUGUAGUGAGUGUAAAAGAAUGUAGGAUUGAACGUGAAUAUACAUUUCUUGAUUUCCUCAUGGGAGGAUGCCAGUUAAAUUUCACAGUUGGCAUAGACUUCACAGGUUCCAAUGGUGACCCUCGCUCUCCAAUUUCUCUACAUUAUAUCAAUCCACAUGGCUUUAAUGAAUACCUAGCAGCAGUCUGGUCUGUAGGAUUGGUCAUUCAGGAUUAUGACUAUGACAAAUUAUUUCCUGCAUUUGGAUUUGGAGCACAGAUUCCUCCUACAUGGCAGGUUUCACAUGAGUUUCCAUUAAAUUUUAAUCCGUCCAAUCCUUUUUGUGCUGCUUUAAGAAGUGUGACUCGUGCUGUCAGAAGAUGUCUCUGACAGAUGAAGUUAUAUCACCCUGUUCAUAGCAGUUACCUCAACCAUGUGGCAUCUGUCAGGGCAUGUUCCACAAGACACAGAGUGGCUACUCAAUAUUAUAUCUUGUUGAUAAUCACUGAUGGAGUGAUUACAGACCUUGAUGAAACCAGAAGUGCCAUUGUUAAUGCUUCCAAGCUUCCAAUGUCCAUUAUCAUUGUUGGAGUUGGAGCAGCAGACUUCAGUGCCAUGGAAUUCCUGGAUGGGGAUAAUAGUGUCCUUAGAUCACCAACAGGAGAACCAGCUAUUAGGGAUAUUGUCCAGUUUGUGCCAUUCAGAAAGUUCCAAAAUGCACCCAAAGAAGCUUUAGCCCAGUCGGUGUUGGCAGAAGUACCUCAGCAAGUAGUGUCCUACUUCAACACAAUGAAGCUACACCCACCCAAUGACGUGAGUUCAGCACCUUCCUAAGCAGAGUUCCACAAGGAUAUGAAGACUUCCACAGGAGUGCAGGGAUGAUGUGCAUGAGAUAAGCAUGCUGUUAUGUGCUUCUUCUGGACAUUAUUAAUGUGUGCCAUUUUUAUUUUUGUAACCUUAUAUUUAAUAUUUUUGUCUUGGAAACAAGUUGUUUACAUUUGCUUUUUUUAACUGGUGUUACAUUAGCAGCAUCUGAUCAGUUAAAUAUUAGCUUGUUUUUCUACUCAUCCCUUGAUCCCAUUCAUUGGUAGUCACAUAAUAAAAUCAACAUAGGAUUGAAUAGAAGCCAUUGCGCAAAGUUUGAUGCCAUGUUCAAUUAUUUUUGGCCUUGUAGUCCUUCUUAAAUUUAUUGGCUAUCACUACCUCCAAUGAUGUGCCUUAAUUCUAAAAAGGAAUGUAUGUUGCCUUUGACCAUUGCUGACAAUGUUCUACUUCCACGGACCAUGAUUACUCAAGAGGAAAGGCCUGUUCACCAUAUAGUUGUGUACUUUCCUAAAGCACAUCUCCAUUUUCUCAGACCAAUUAUAAUAAUGUGUCUUAUUAUGUCUUAAUUCAUUAAACUUGUGCACCUUUUAUUUAAAUUUGUAUAAUCUUAAUGUAAAAUAGCAGCCAUUAUCUAAUUUAUAUUUACAGGUAUGGAGUUAUAAGUAAAAGCAGAAGGCAAUAUAUUCAAAAUUUUUUAUGUCUGAAUAAUAUGCACGAUAACAUUUUUAUGUCUUACAUUUUCUGCUGUCAUCCUAUUUCAUACAUAAAUGAAUUUGAAUCAG